AUGCCACCAAGGAAUGGUACACAAAUUUCAGAAUUUAUUCUCCUGGGAUUUUCAGAGGACCCAGAACUACAGCCCCUCAUAUUUGGGCUUUUCCUCUCCAUGUACCUGAUCACUGUGUUGGGAAACCUGCUCAUCAUCCUGGCCGUCAGCUCAGACUCCCACCUCCACACGCCCAUGUACUUCUUCCUCUCCAACCUGUCCUUGGUAGACAUCUGUUUCACCUCCACCACCAUCCCAAAGAUGCUGGUGAACAUCCAGACACAGAGCAAAGCCAUCACCUAUGCAGGAUGCAUCACACAGAUUUAUUUUCUUAUACUCUUUUCAGUGUUGGACGUUUUUCUCCUGACCGUGAUGGCCUAUGACAGGUAUGUGGCCAUCUGCCACCCCCUGCACUAUAUGGUCAUCAUGAACCCCCGGCUCUGUGGACUGCUGGUUCUGAUGUCUUGGAUCUUGAGUGUCCUGAAUUCCUUGUUACAAUGCUUAAUGGCAUUGAGGCUGUCCUUCUGUGCAAACUUGGAAAUCCCCCACUUUAUCUGUGAACUCAAUCAGAUGAUCCAACUUGCCUGUUCGGACACCUUUCUUAAUAACAUGGUGAUGUAUUUUGCAGCUGUCCUGCUUGGUGGUGGUCCUUUCGCUGGGAUCCUUUACUCAUAUUCUAAGAUAGUGUCCUGCAUACGUGGAAUGUCAUCAGCUCAGGGGAAGUACAAAGCAUUUUCUACCUGUGCGUCUCACCUCUCAGUUGUCUCCUUAUUUUAUUGCACAACGCUAGGCGUGUACCUCAGCUCUGCUGCUAUCCAGAGCUCACAUUCAAGUGAAACAGCCUCAGUGAUGUACACUGUGGUCACACCCAUGCUGAACCCCUUCAUCUACAGUCUCAGGAACAAGGACAUCAAACAGGCGCUGAAGACAUUCUUUGUGAAGGAAACUACAAACAGGCCAGUUGUCCUAAGACUGAAGACGUACCCCUGA